GCUUUUUCGUCUGUUCUUGGAAAGGAUCUCGCAAAAGAGACAACCGCUGUUGUCAAACAAAUGUUCCAGAACGUCUCCUUCAAAGAUUCGCGACUGGAAGUGCUGGAGUACCUCAUUGUCCCACAAGUGGGGUUUUGUAAUGGUUCUCUGUUCGUUGUAAUCGUUCCCGUGAGGGUUGAUGAUCAUAUUCGAAGAACCGAAUGGCGAUCUUCGUAUGCCAGCUCAAGCUUCAAGCACACGUACAUGUACAGCGUGUUGUUUGCCGUGGGACUUUCAAGGUCUGAAGAAAUUCAACGAAAAUUGCUCCUAGAAAACGAACUCUACGGCGAUCUUCUUCAGGCAGACUUUGAAGACGUAUAUCACAAUCUUACGCGAAAGGUGUUAAGUGCACUACGGUUUGUAUAUCAUUCAUGCCGUCAAGCGAAAGCUAUUGUGAAAGUCGAUGAUGACGUUGGAUGGAACAUCAAACAGGCGAAAGAUUUUGUGCUGCAUCACCUUGACAACCACAGAAUUUAUGGACUGCGAGACGCCAACAAUAAACCAGAACGAACAAACGCAUAUGAGCAAUGGAAACUUACGGAAGAAGAGUGGAAUAAAACAUAUUUCCCACCAUUCUGUCGAGGACUGGCCUAUGUGAUUCCGACUGAAGCGGCAGGGAAACUGUUGUCGGUGACUCCUUCUCAACAAUUCCUCAAGCUCGAAGACGUUUUUGUCACAGGAGUUCUCAGUGAAGCAGCAAACAUAACGGUCACUCACCUAGGAGGCGACCGUAUAACACUUGCUAAAAGAGAUCCGAGGAUUCACAAGAAAGUGGAUUUCACGUUUUUCAAGAUCGACAAAAUCAACAGUGAUAUGUUCAGCGAAGAUGCAGAGAGCACUCCUCUCUAG